AUGGGCAGAGCGAUUUCCUCCGCGCUUGGUUUCUGCCUGGCUCCUUGCCUGAAGAUGAAGCUCACGGGCCCACUACCUUCCGUAUGCUCAGACGGCGUUGUUUGGUUGGUAAACAGACCACUUCGAGGUACAAAUAUUGUCUUCUCUCCCUUCACCUCCCACCUCCCAUCUUCCACCAUCUUCAACCAUUCGACUUUCCACGCCUCUCGACAUCACCUUGCACUGUCCUCGCUCUCUACCCUUUCAGCACCUUUCAUCUUCAUCAUCGUGGACCGCACUGCCAUCAACGAACCUCGGAGCACUGUCCUCAACCACCAUUACUGUCGACUGCACCUCGCCUUGAGCCUGUCACCAACCACCCAUGCUCCCUCAAACAAUGACACGGCGACCUCAUCUGCACACAAGAUUAUCCCAUCGAGCCACCGGGCCGUCCACCACCAACAUCCACCACCAGCAUCCACCACCAGCAUUCACCACCAGCAUCCACCACCGGCAUCCAUCUCGACCAGUCUCCACUCAGCUCCGGCAGCCAUCCUCCGUCCUCACUCCGCGACACGAUCUCUUGGUCCACCGCUGAUAAGCAAAGCCUCCAUCAACUCCGAAGACACCAGAUACAACAGACACAUGCUCGACGGGGAUACGCUUCGUCGUCCAAGCCAUGUUGGACAAUUGGUCGCUCUUGUGGCUGCAAAGAUGGAUGAGGUGGAUGACAGGCAGGGAGUUAAUCUGUGCGAAUCAUGA